AUGGCGGGCAUGUGGUAUUCGGACGAGGGCGUGCGCGAUUUCAAGCGCAUCAGCACCUCCAACGACCUCUGCUCGCUCUUCCCCGACGCCCUCGCCGACCAGCAGGACCACGCCUGGCGCUCCCUCUCGCCCCGAGAGGCACAGGCUGCCACGGACAGAGAGGCCACUGUGGGGCGCGACGUGGUGCGGUUGAGAGGGGUGGAGGAGGGGGAAGGGGGCGUGGGGGGAGUGGAUGGGCGGAAGGGGGGUGUGGGAGGGGGGAGGAAGGGGAGUGGGGUGGGGAAGGAGAGGUAUGGUGGGAGGGUGGAGCGGAGGGAGGAGGAGGAGGAGGGGGAUUGGAGGGACAGCGGUCGAGUGGGGUAUUCAGCCGACGAGGGGGAGGAGGGAGAAGAGAGGGGGACCUACAUGGGCAAGCGGCGACGCCUCCUAUCCGCAUCCGAGCACCAAACCGCCAAACCCCACAACCCUGUCCCCUCCCACUCUAAAACCAAGCCUUCAUCCACCCAAUCACCACCAGCCACACCCCAGCAGCAGCAACAACAGACUGCAUUACCCAUACCCAUGGCGUUGUGGGGGUUUGAGAACGCGGCGCCGGGGUUCACGGACGAGUUUGACGAGGAGCUGCACGACAUCACCGACAUCAAGCGCCGUGAGAACCGCGUGUACGGCCGCUUCGAGAGCCCCCACGCUGUCACACGCUACCUCAACCUCAGCGAUGCUGAGAGUAGAGCGCGGCUGGCAAAGGGGCCGCUGGGAGGGCGCGUGGAGAAGGUGGGGUAUGUGCCGCGGCAUGGUACCUACAUGGGGGACUUCGGGGAGGCUGUGGUGCCGCUCAUGCAGGCUGCUGUGCACCUGGUGCGAGCGCCACCGUCAGACCCAUCCAAGGACACGAGGGGGGAGGGGCGCGUGGUGUUCUUCCCGGGGGAGCGCGAGGUGCGCAGCGCGUGGACGGCUGACAUGGCUCACAUCCUCUUCGGCCCCAAGGCUCAGCUGCUGCUGGGGCACUCGCCCGGGCUCAAGGUGAGAGGCACGCAUGCUCCCAGGCACAAGGUGUGUUUCCGCAAUGCGCUCUUCCCGCUGAACCGCCUGCACACGCCGCAGGCAGCGGACACGCUGAGACAGUGGGCGCUGCUGGGGGCGGGCGGGCGUGGCAAGGGCAAGGGCAAGGGCAAGAAAGGCAGCCAGUCGGGUGUGGUUCGCGUCAAAGUGCUGCGCACCAGCCGCAGCUUGCCGCCCCUGCAACCCGCCCCUGGCUCCCAGGUGGGUGGCAAGAGGAGUGGCGAGAGGGGUGAUGAGGGAGGACAGGACGUGAUGGAGAAAGUAGAAGGUGUUGGGAAGGCAGCAAGAUUACGUGUGCUGGAGCGAGAGAGAGAGGGCAGUGGGCACAUCCCAUCAACCCGCUCUCCCACUAUCUCUUCCUUUCUUUUCCACUCUCCUCCCAUCCCUGUUGCCCCUUUUCAGGUGCCCCCUGCCCCGCGGCGCAUGCGCUGGCAGGUGACGGUGCUUGAGCGCGAGCGGGGCCGGUCGGUGAUGAACGGGCAGGAGGUGGCGCGCGUGGCGCACGCGCUCUUCCCCGAGAUGCCGCUGCUCAUCGCCCGGGUUGGCAAGGCGUCUGCCUUCGACCAUGCUCUGCUGCUCAAGAACACCCUAGUGCUGAUAUCACUGCAUGGCACGCCACUCACCACGGCGCUGUUCAUGCCGCGGGGCUCAGUGGUGGUGGAGCUGUUCCCCUACAAGUUCCUCAGCACGCUCUACAAGAAGAUCGCCAUGCGCUCCGGCGUGCACUACCUCGGAUGGCGCAACAUCCACGACAUCAGCGCGUUUUUUCGCAACUCCUGCAUGAAGGACGGGGGGUUCACCCAUCUGCCCGAGGAGCAGUGCUGGAACAUUCACGAGUGCGUGGCGUGUGCGCGUGAUCAGAGUAUUACCAGAGUAGACCGGAGGGAGUUCAAGGAGGUGAUGGCCAAUGCAAGAAUGCUCGUCAGAACGCUGGUGUACAAUAAUACAGUGUAG